AUGAGCUCCUCCGCUGCUUUCCCUCCUCUCAAGAAUGACUUGUUGCUGCGUGCUGCUCGCGGCGAGAAGGUUGAACGUGCACCAAUCUGGAUCAUGAGACAAGCUGGUCGUUACUUGCCAGAGUUCCGAGAAUUGCGCAAGCACCAUAGCUUUUUCACGAUUUGUCGCACACCCGAGUUGGCUUGUCAGUUGACGUUGCAACCCAUUGAUCGUUAUGGUGGUUUGUUGGAUGGCUCUAUCAUCUUUUCUGAUAUCUUGGUGAUUCCUCAAGCUAUGGGUUUGGAUGUUCAAAUGGUGGAGGGCCGUGGUCCUGUUUUUACCGAUCCUCUCUUUACUCCCGAUGACAUGAAACGCUUGCGUGAGCACGUGGAUGUUGACAAGGAACUUGGAUACGUUUAUGAGGCUAUCACUCUCACUCGUCACAAGUUGGAGGGUCGCGUUCCCUUGUUUGGUUUCAUUGGUGCUCCAUGGACAUUGAUGGCAUACAUGAUUGAAGGUGGUGGUAGCAAGACCUUGUCCAAGGCCAAAUCUUGGUUGUGGAAGUACACGGAUGAUGCACAUGCAUUGUUGCAACGCAUCACUGAUAUCUCGGUCGAAUUCCUUGUGGGUCAAGUGAAGGCUGGUGCCCAGCUUCUUCAAGUAUUCGAUUCCUGGGGUGGUGAACUUAGCCCUUAUGAUUUCAGAACCUUCUCGCUUCCUUAUAUCCAGCAAAUCUCCAAAAAGGUGCGUCAAAGAUUGGGCGAGCUUGGUAUUCCUGAAGUCCCCAUGGUGAUCUUUGCCAAGGGUGCAUGGUUUGCAUUGGAGGAUCUUUCGCAAAGUGGAUAUGAAGUUGUCUCAUUGGAUUGGACCAUCGACCCACAAUACGCUCGUCAAGUCACCAAGGAUCGUGUUGUACUCCAAGGUAAUAUGGAUCCCUCCGUGUUGUAUGGUGGUCAUGAUGCUAUCCGGGAAACAGCUACUCGUAUGGUGCAUGCUUUUGGUAAGGAUGGUAAGCACAUUGCCAACCUUGGUCAUGGUAUCCUUCCUACUGUGGAUCCUGAAGCUCUUAAGGUGUACUUGGAGACUGUGCAAAAGGUGUCUGCCGAACUCAAGAAAGAUUAG